AUGCUUAUGAAUUUGGAUGACAUCAUAAAUUCUUUUAAGAGGAGAGUGGACGAUUUAGCCCGGUACUGGGAUGCAGUUAGUUCGUCUCCGGAUCAUAUGGGGACGGAUGAGGAAGAGAUAAAACAGUUGAAGAAGAAGUUGGAUAUCGUUCAGGAACAAAAUGCAGCUAUUAUGAUUGACUUGGAACAUAUCAAGAAAAUUUUGGUGCUCGACGAGUUUGCUCCAAACAACUUAUUCACGUUACUGAACACUGGCGCAGAUCAAUUACAGGUUCCAACGACUCCAUUACUUGAACAUCAUAGACCACCCAAUACUCCACAGAGUGAAUCUUCACAAAGUCAGCAACGGCAUAGUAUAAAGAGAUUCUCACACCAUUUCCAUCAUCAACUUUCUGCACCGCCUCUCCGGCAGCCCUCCCAUACCAUGAGCGAAUUGCCAAUGUCUUUCAACACCACACUAGAUCGGGCACCGUUGCCGAAACCAGAUACCGACCCAUCUUUUGUGAUGCCUGUUCAGCUGGAAGCUGGACCUGAGCAGAUGAGUAGCGAUGAGGGAGUGGUCCCCGGUUACGACUUCGAGCCCAAUGACAGAGACAUAAGUCCAAGGGAUACUAGCCACCAAUUCGUUGUUGAGAGUGGCUCAAGCAGUAUGUUGAAGAGGGAAGGAUUACGGGACAUACCGGUGAUGGAUUCCCAGGAAAUAGAAAAUUAUGAUUUACAAAUAAUCGAUAAUCCAAGAAGUGUAGCAGAAGUCUAUCAUGAAUACGAGAAUAGUCUGAAGUCUCAAAUAGAAGAAUUUGAGAGACUCUUUGGUAAAGGUCAACUAAGCAAAUUGCCCAAGAUUAGAACUUAUCAACGUAGAAGAGCACUGGUAACGGAGAUUGACAAAUAUGCCACAAGCUAUAACAAAACCACUCAUGAAGCUAUUGAAUUUUUCGAAAAAGUGAGAAUAGCCAAGAAAAGAACUGUGCCUGGACUUUACAAUAACCUAGGUAAGAUAUUAAAAGAACUUGGUGAGUCUAAUAUGGACAAUCCUUAG